AAAGCGAACGACUCAAGCCGAAGAAGACGAAAUGAAGAGCCUUCGAAGAAGAAUAGUCGAACUCGAAGACGUUCGGCCCAAAAACGACUGGCUUCCAUCGGACAGGACCUGACAGAAGUCCCUCUCAAACGAGCCACGACAACCUCAAGGGCACGAAUGGAAUCCAGCCCAGCCGAACCCGAAUCACCCCUAACAUUUGAUAUUUUGCAGGAACAGUUGCCCGAGAAGAUCAAGAUCCCGCAAAUUGGAUUUUAUGACGGAACAUCUGACCCGAACACCCACCUAGGAUUGUACACGUCAUGGAUGGACCUGCACGGAGCACCAGACGCUCUCCGCUGUCGGAUGUUCUCAUUGACUCUGGGAGAAAAAGCACAAAGAUGGUACCAUUCGCUCGCCCCACAUUCGGUCGCUAGGUGGUCACAAUUAAAGUCAAUGUUCCGUACGCACUUUAUCGGAUCCCAGGC